UCUCCGAAAACAGUUGAUCAAGGCAAACUUCCGAAAGCAAUUAGGCAACGACAGAGAGAGAGAGAGAGAGAGAGACUUGCUUUCACAAGCAAACUCCCACGCCAACUACCUUUCUCUUCCUCCCUUCCUCCCUCCGUCUUCUCUUCCUUUGACACAAUUCCAUUAGGCACGAUCUCGUCUCGAUCUAAUGUCGCAGAGGACUCGGACGCGCCCGCGGCGAGUCCCCCCGUCCGGCACCAGGAAACCCGAUUCCCACCACCUGCCAUCGCCUUCCCCUCGGAGUUACCCGCCGCCUCGCCGAUCAUCGGUCAACAGGCAGCCGAAACCGGCCGCCGAGGGCCUUCUGAAAAGGUCGUCCUCGGAGCCGAGGCUGGGGAGAUUUGGCUCGGUCGAGGAUGGUGUCGGGAGGAGCAUCAGCAGGAGGUCAAACCGCGGAGGAAGUGUGUCCAGGCAUGAGACGUGCACGGAUGUCAACGCGGCGGCUCCGGCAGCAGCAGCGUCGUCGUCGUCUUCUUCUCUGCUGGGUAUGACAUCUCCUCCACCGAAUUACGAGGGACCGAAGGGAGACGCGAAGGUGGUGGUGAACGUGACGGUGGAAGGAAGCCCGGGGCCUAUAAGGGCCAUGGUCAGGCUGGGGUCCAGCGUGGAGGACACCAUCCGGCUUGUCAUGGACCGCUACGGCCGCGAAGGCCGGGCUCCUAAGCUGCUGCCCCAUCACGCCGCCCCGGCUUCGUUCGAGUUGCACCCCUCUCACUUCAGCCUCCACGGUCUGGACAAAUCAGAACUGAUUGGAGAUGUUGGUAGCAGAAGCUUCUAUCUGCGGAGAAGCAGCAAUGGUCACGGUGCAGGUGAAGACUCUGCUUCUUUGGUUCCAGAAGUCGUGUCCGCGAAAUCGACCCCUCCGUCGAUCCCGCCUUCUCUCCUCUUAGCGCCGACUUUCGUCGCCCGAAGAAUCGGGAAAAUCAUCCGGAGGACGCCUAAGCUUUGGAGGUUCUUCAUUUGUUUCCAAUGAUCACUAGAGCGCGACACAAUGAAGACCAUGGCGAUACAUACAUUUAUUGAAACACAAAGACAGCAAUGUUCAUCCGCUUGCUUCAUUUCCCCAUUCAUAUCGCCUUCUUUGGAAUUCUUCUUCUUUGAGCACUUCAAAUUGCCUGCAUCAGCUCAUGUAUACGAUCUUCAGAUCCCAUUUGAUCAAAUGUUCAUAUUGUGGCAAUUGGAAAGUAUAUUUCUUUUCCCCACAUAAUGAAAAGAUACUUUUACCCUAGAAA